AGUGGGACGUCAUUCAGUAUGGGCAUGGGAGAAGUGGGUCAGUUAGGGUUAGGUCCUGACAUCAUGGAAGCCAACAGGGUAAGCAAGAUCAACUUGAAAGAUCCAAUCAUCCAAGUUUGCUCUGGUGGCAUGCACAGCUUGUGCCUCACUGCUAAGGGAGAAAUCUACUCAUUUGGUUGCAAUGAUGAAUGUUCGUUGGGUAGAAAAACAGAGGAGGAAGAAAACUGUUUCACUGCAGAUAAGGUUCUUGGCAUUGAAGGUUGUGUUGUGCAGAUCGCUGCGGGUGAUAGCCACUCAGUUGCUCUCACAAACAAGGGGCAUGUCUACAUAUGGGGAACCUUCAGGGAUAACAGUGGUGUGAUUGGAAUGAACAAAGAUGAUGAGAAUGAUGUCAAACAUCAAAUAUUAGAGGUUAAAAUAGAGAAGCCUUCACUGAUUUUGAGUGAUCAGACUAUAGUGAAAAUCGCUUGUGGAUGUUCGCAUCUCUUGUGCCUCUCGAAUAAGGGUGACAUUUUCAGUUUGGGGGCUUCAGAUUGUGGUCAGUUGGGCAGGGUGGCUGAAUAUUUUGCCCAGAGAGGUGGACGAAGGGGCCUAAGUAAAAUCCUUACUCCUGGGAAAGUGUCAUUUCGCAAGAAAAUGAAAUGUGUUGACAUCUGGGCAGGCGCUUACAUAUCAUUUGCCAGGACAACUGAUGGUGCAAUAUGGGCCUGGGGUCUCAAUAAUUACUUCCAACUAGGAUUUCCUGAUAUGAGGGAUCGAUUUACUCCAGAGAUGAGUCCCAGUUUUGAUUCAUCUAUCGAGUGGAAGCAGAUUGCUUGUGCUGAGCACCAUAUCAUUGCCAUGGAUGCAGCUGGAAAGUCGUACAGCAUGGGUCGAAAAGAGUAUGGUCGAUUGGGAUUAGGAGAAGUAAAGGAAGACGUGAAAGAGCUGACUUUGAUAGAUACCUUGGCGGACAAAAAAGUACUGUCAAUCAGUGCCGGUGCAUCGGUUUCUUAUGCAGUCGAUGACCAGGGCGUGCUGUAUGGAUGGGGUAUGGGCAGCACCUUUCAACUUGGCAAUGGAAAUGAUGAAGAAGACGUUUACGCUCCAAAGCCUAUAAAAGGAAAACAGCUUGAAAAAAUGAGUUGCAUAAUGGCGUCAGCUGGAGGUCAGCACACCCUUCUUCUUGCUUCCAGCAAAUGA